CUACGUCACCGGCUGCUGGGCGGGGGCGGGGCCGGGGCGGCGCGCGUGCUCGCGGCGUCAAACACCGGGGCGGCGGCGGCGGCGCGCGAGCACGAGCACAGCUACUGCCUGCAGCUGGUCAGAAAUCGAGACCAUGAAGGUUUCCUAUCGUCUCUGCUGCUCUCUUCAGAAUAUCGCCGCUCAGUUUUUGCACUGCGAGCCUUCAAUGUGGAGUUGGCUCAGGUGCAAGAUGUUGUAUCCCAGAAUACAAUGGGUCUCAUGAGGAUGCAGUUUUGGAGGCAACUCAUAGAGGAUGUUUAUAAUGAUAACCCUCCUCACCAGCCUAUUGCCUUAGAGUUAUGGAAGGCAAUAAGAAAACACAAGCUGACCAAGCGAUGGUUUCUGAGAAUUAUAGAUGAGCGGGAAAAGAACCUGAAUGAGAAAGCUUAUAAAAAUAUCCAAGAGCUAGAAGCCUCUGCAGAGAAUACUCAGUCAUCAUUCAUCUACCUCCUCUUGGAAGUAUUAGGUGUAAGGGAUAUCCAUGCUGACCACGCAGCCAGCCAUAUUGGAAAAGCUCAGGGAAUAGUGACGUGUCUACGGGCAGCUCCCCAUCACUGUAUGCGACGCAAAGUUUACCUUCCGUUGGACAUUUGUCUGCUGCAUGGUGCAUCGCAAGAGGAUUUCAUUCGAGGGAAUCGUGGAAAGCAUGUGAGGGAUGUGGUAUUUGACGUGGCAAGUCAGGCUCAUGUUCACCUUGAACACGCCAGAUCCUUCUGUAAAAAUGUCCCUUUGAGGGCUUGCCCGGCAUUUAUACAAACGGUUAUUCUUGAUGAUUAUUUGAACAAAAUUCGUAAAGUGGAUUUCGAUCUAUUUCAUCCUAGUCUUCAGAAGAGGAAUACAAUGCUUCCUUUCUACCUGUAUAUACGUUCUUGGAGGAAAAUCUAUUAACGUAACAUAAACGUUAUCAUCGGAACGUUUCAUCACAGUGGUCACCUUAAGCAUUCAGUAUAGAAACAGAAUGGAGUUGCCCCUUAUGAUCUCCUAAACCAGAAGAAUUCGGGUUUCCUCUGAAUCCUCGAAGGUGCCAGAAGAAGAGUUUGGAGCAAUCGAUGCUCAAUGAAUAACCCCGGCAUGAAAACUGCCAGGGGUUCAGAACUCGUCCAUGUUGAAUUGAUAAUAUUUUAGAGUGAGUUUGUACGAUAGUGGGUGUAUUUAUGACAGAGUGAGUAAAGAUAAUGAAGCUCACCAUUUGGAUAUUUCAUUAUUGUAAUCACGGCAUGUUGUGGAUGAAUGUGAUAAAAUUGGUAUUGUGCCUGGUUGUUAUACCCAACCAGGAAGUCAUUGAUGUUAAUAAACUGUUAUGAAGUGUA